UCUGCUUACUAUUGUCAUCUUUUACUACAUCCUUUCGUUGUUGACUUGUGAUUUUUACUUAUUCCAUUUCCACAUUCGUUCCCAGAAACAAGAUCUACGUACAUCAUGCGUUUCUCCUCCGCUAUCGUCGUUGCGGGUGCUGCUUCCGCCAACGCCGCGCUCCAGGGUUUCAACUACGGUGCUGGCUUGACGACUGGUGCUGCGAAGACUCAGCAAGACUUCGAGACCGACUUCAAGAGGGCGCAGAACCUUCCCGGAACUUCUGGGUGGAACGCCGCCCGUCUGUACACCAGCAUCCAGACUGGAUCCCAGAACGAUCCCAUCGCCGCUAUUCCGGCCGCAAUCGCAACUAAUACGAAGCUCCUGCUUGGUAUCUGGGCGUCCGCUGGCCAGGAGGCCGUCACGAACGAACUGGCUGCUAUUGACAAGGCCAUCCAACAGUACGGCAGCAAAUUCACUGAUCUCGUGGUCGGUCUGUCUUGUGGAAGCGAGGAUCUGUACCGUGUGACCGCGACCGGUAUCAAGAACAAGGCCGGAAUUGGUGCUGGCCCAGAUGUAUUGUUGUCGUACAUCAAACAGAUCAAGGCGAAGAACUGGGGCUUCAGCAUUGGUCACGUCGAUACCUGGACUGCGUGGACCAACAGCUCCAACAACGAGGUCAUUGAGGCCAUCGACUGGCUCGGCUACGACGGAUACCCAUACUUCGAGACCGACCUGUCCAACUCCAUUGACAACGCCAAGUCGCAGUUCGAUCAGUCUUUUGGAGCCACCAAGGGAGCUUCGAUGGGCAAGCCCGUGUGGAUGACCGAAUCCGGUUGGCCAGUGUCCGGACCCACGUCUGGUCAGGCGGAAGCGAGUGUUGACAACGCGGAGCGAUACUGGCAGGAGGUUGCAUGCAUGUUGAUUGAAAGCGACACACCUACCUUCUGGUACACACUGAGGGACGCAGAGCCCUCUGUACCUUCGCCAAGCUUCGGAAUUAUAGGACAGGACGUCAACUCUGAUCCUCUCUACGACCUGAGCUGCUCGGCCAAGAACUCGACUUCCUCCUCUGCUUCCUCCAGCGCCACCUCCGCGAUGGCCUCCUCCGCGAUGGCCUCCGGCACUGCCACUGCCACUGCCACCGAAGCAUCCACCACCGCCUCUGGCAGCUCAUCCGGCGAAUCAGGAAGUCCUGGUGUUGCUCCUCUCGCUAGCGCAUCUCCUUCUUCUGGCUCGUCUGGCUCUGGCUCGUCUGGCUCUGGCUCGUCUGGCUCUGGCUCUGGCUCGUCCGGCUCCAGCAACUCGACCAGCCCAUCGUACAUGCCCGGCUCUCCAAGCGCUGCAUCUCCAUCCAGCACUGGCUCGAUGCCGGCUCAGUACUCCACUGGUGCAGCCAGCUCCAACGGUCUUUCCGCUAUUGCUGCCAUCGCUGCCAUCAUCGGCCUCGUUGUCCGCGCUUAAACGUAACGAAUGCAUCAACAACCGACGCCCUGCCAUUUGUGAAUAUUUGCGGUCCGAACACAAAAACGCUAUGAAGGUUAAUAGAUCGAAUGCUACGUGCUAUUGCACCACCAAUUUAUUGAUAGUCGGCUUUUCUCGCCUACAAUCUACUUCUAUUCUGCCA